UGAGCUGGUGCAGUUUCGCAAUGGGGUGGAAGGGAGGUUGCGUGGGUAUCCUGGUCUUCUGCCUCGCUGCUGGAGGGGUGCAGGCCAAGCUUCAUCAUCCAGAACUCCUGCCCAUUGCCCUGGGGGGCCGCAAUCCGGACUUAGUGCCGGGUCCUCCGUCUCGUAUCUCCCCGGAGACUCUCUUCGCCCAAAAGUCUCUCAUAAGGAGUCGGAUUCUUCGGGAAUGGGAAGGAAUCCUUCGUCGAGUGCCUCAAUUAAAACAGGGCCCAGGUGACUUCCUUGAUGCGCUUAACAGCAUCCAAGAUCCCCAGUGCAGAGCCCACUUCACCUUCUACCUCUUCGCUCUUCUUCCCUUCCUCCCGUCCGUCGCAGAAGACGACGACAUUCUAUGGGCUCUCUCCAUGCUGGACGCGACCGGGAAGAUUCCCGAGGGGAUCCUGGAGGGGAAUCUGUUCGAAUGGGGGAACUGGGACCAGUGCCUGGCCAUCAAGGUCUCCCUCAACGAGUCCACCUUGCCCGAGGGGAUCCAAGGCAACUUCACCGGGAAAUAUUGCCUCACGAACCUCAUCUUCAUGGACCCAGCACAGCGCGAAUUGCAGAUGAGGGCGAUCCGCCCCAAACCCCGAACGGGUGGGCUGGGUGAAAUGGCCUCGCUUCUCGGCGCCCUUCCACCUGCGAUCGGCGUCUGCGUCCCUUCUUCUUGCUCUCAUCAGGACCUUUCCAACUUUCUGAUGGGAAUCUUACCGAUGCUGGGGCUUUCUGAUGUCCCAAUAAUCCCUUACAUGGACGAAAAAUCCUGCCACGCCGAACCCUACAACGAAGAGGAACGGGGGACGAAGUUCACCAGGGCCGAUAUCAUCGUCGCGUGUGUCGUGAUGGCUUUCAUCAUCAUGGCUGCUUGCGGGACCAUUCUCGACCUCAGCAUGCAAAAUGAUCCCGAUCGUUUUAAAGAAAUUCGCAAAGACAAGAGAGUGAUAGCUCUCAUCUCCUUCUCCGUCUACACGAACGGGAAGAAAGUGCUGAACACCUCCUCCACGGCUGACACACUCGGGUUUUUGUCCAUGACGUGGGUGGUCAUGGGGCACAUCUAUGGAUUCUCCUUUGCGCCGCAGUGGAGGAACUUGGGGACUGCAUUUGAACAGAUGUUCAGCGACUGGAGGUUCAUGGCGAUCGCGAACGCGACAGUGUCCGUGGACACGUUCUUCUUCCUGAGCGGGCUCCUGGUGGCUUACAUCCUCUUGAGAGACCUGAAGCGGAGCAAGGGGAGGUUUAACCCCAUCCUCUACUACCUGCAUCGGUUCAUCCGACUCACGCCUACUCUGGCCAUAGCCGUGGCGUUGUUGGCCACCCUGUCCAGGCACAUGGGGAACGGACCCGUUUGGUCCACGGCGGAACUCCAGGCGGAGGUGUGUCAAGAGGAUUGGUGGAGGACCAUUCUCUACGUAUCCAACAUUAAGAUCGACGGUCGAUUUGGACAGUGCCUGGGACAGGAUUCGCGGCAACACAUUCCCACGAUUGCAUUGCAGGCAUGGUACCUGGCCUGCGACAUGCAGAUGUAUUGGUUCAGUCCCUUCCUGGUCGUCCCGCUCUUUUUCGUCCCGUUCACUGUCGGUCUCGGCUAUCUCGUCAUCGCCAUGAUCUUCUUUGGUUACGUGGGGCCCUUCAUUAAUCACUACAUACACGAAUUCCCUGCUACCUUGAUCCCGACGGCAAUGUUGAACGAUCCCGAAGGAAAUUUCUUCGCCAAGGCAUACAUGGUUGCGUAUGUCAGGGCGGGACCCUACGUUGUUGGCAUCAUCAUGGGCUACAUCCUUCAUCAUUCCAAGGGGAAGAAGAUCAAAAUGUCGCUUCCGACUGUGGCUCUGGGCUGGGGGGUUGCGACGGCGACCGCGCUUGCCAUCAUCUACGGCCUGACGGAACAAUUCAAAUUGGACGGAGAGCAGCUGUCUGUUACCGCGAACGCCUUCUAUGGUGGUUUCCAUCGCACUGCCUGGGCGACGUGCGUGGCCUGGGUCGUCUUCGCUUGCGUCAACGGAUAUGGAGGUACUCUUCAUCUGCCUUUCUAG